ACCAAACAGAGCCUCAGUAGAUAGUAGUAUUUCAAUUAGGGUCAUCAUAAUUCAUAAUUACCCACGUCGUUCAAACUUGUUCCAGGUUUUAGGUUAAAUUAAAAGCCCUCUCUUUCCAUUUUUCUCUUCUCUUACAAAAUCUCUACAAUCCCAAACCAAAACCGUUACCAUAAGUAAUCGCAACACACUACUCUCGUAGAUCCCUUCUUCUCAAACUCAUUCCUCAAGCUUGUUUAUCCCAUUUUUCUGCAUUCGCUUUGCUUCUCUAGGGUUUCUACGAACCACUUCCCUUUCUCCUCAUCAAAGGCUGUUAAAUUGAAUCGAAUGAUCGUGUUGCUACAACUAGGCUAUUAUUGAAUUCAAACAUGUUGAAUGGGGAGCGAAGGUGGGCCUCUUCCACCAGAAGAGGUGGUAUGACCGUGUUAGGGAAAAUUGCUGUUCCAAAACCUAUAAAUUUACCCAGUCAGAGGUUAGAAAAUCAUGGUCUGGACCCAGAUCUGGAGAUUGUACCUAAGGGUUCCCUCAGCUGGGGCAGUAAGUCACCAUCUUCUGCAUUAAAUGCAUGGGGUUCUUCUCUAUCUCCAAAUGGCAGUGGCGGGACUAGUUCACCCAGUCAACUUAGUGCCCGCCCAUCAUCUGGUGGAAGUGGAACCCGGCCUUCAACUUCUAGUAGUGAUAGGGCUUCUGAACUAAAUACUAGAGCAUUGGGGUCAAACUCUCGGCCUUCAUCAUCAUCCGGGGGACCAACAUCAAUUCAGAUUUCUCAGACAUCAUUGCGUCCUCGCAGUGCUGAAACAAGACCUGGUAGUUCAGAAUUAUCUCGAUUUGCUGAACACGUGACUGAAAAUUCAGUGGCUUGGAAUGUUGCUAGAACUACAGAGAAACUGGGGAUUACACAAUGCAAGAAUGAUGAUUUUUCUUUGAGCUCUGGAGAUUUUCCUACUCUUGGUUCUGAGGACACAUCUGUACAUAAUUUUGAGUUGCAAGACCAUGAUUCGCAUAUUCGGCCUGGCUCUUCUGCUGGACUUGGGAGAGAGAAAAAUGAGACAUCUACUGUUGAUGAUGUUCCUGUUCAUACAACUGUGAAGGGUGAAACUGAAAACUCUUGGAGAAUUGAUCAGGCUUUCAAUGAGGAUGGUAUUAGCCCUGGAAAAGAGAAAUGGAAGGGGAAUCUCCAUCAUCACUAUCCUAAUGCUGGUAUUCUUCCUCAACACUUUAACACUUGGCGUGGUGCUCCAGUAAAUAACCAUCAAGGUGAUAUUUGGUUCAGAGGUCCACCUAACAGUCCUCCAUUUAGAACGCCUGUUGCUCCUAGUGGCUUCCCAAUUGAACCAUUUCCAUUUUAUCGUCCACAUAUUCCUCUUACUGGUCUUGCCAAUUCACCUCAAGUUCCCCUUCCUGGAAGUAGUCCAACAGGGCAGCAUAAGAAUGGAGAAGUCUACCGGCCCCAUAUGCCUGAUACUUACAUUCCUCCAGGUAUGCUAUUGAGACGUGGUUUCUAUCCUGGCCCCAUGGCCUAUGGUGGAUACUAUGGUCCUCCAAUGGGCUAUUGUAAUUCUAAUAAACAAGAUAUUCCUUUCAUAGGAAGAGCAACUGGACCCUCUGUUUGUAAUUGGAACCUAAGACAUAAUCCACCUGAACCUGGCAAUUCACACGGUAGAUCUGGUGGACAUGGUCCUGCAGUAAAACCAUUGGCAUCAGAGCCGAUAGAGUCCAGUCAUGCUCAUGAUACUGCUAGACCAUACAGAGUUCUCCUUAAGCAACACAAUGAGUUGGAUGGAAAAAAGGAACCAACAAACUGGGAGAACUCAUUUACAGCGAAUCCAUCAUAUGCCAGUUGGAAGGACCAGCCAAGAAUGCCGGUCCAGGAGAGUGAUCACAGAAGGAACGUGGAGAUGGAUUUAAGGAGGAAAAGUGGUCAAGGCAAAGAAGCUUCUUCUCAAACUUCGGGAAAUCAAGGAUCUAUUUCUGUCAAUAAUGCCAAAUCUCUUGAAAGAACUGGAAGCUUUAACAAAUUUGAUAAUAUUUCAGAAAGGAAAGGGGAUGGUGUUGCUUCUAAUACACUAGGAAUUGCAUCAAGACCGUUUGCCCAUAAAGAUUCCACUAUAUUUCAAAAGAUUGAGCUUUUAAAUGCAAAAGCCAGGGCUAAUUCAUUUACUAAAAGUAAAGAGGAGAGGUUGAAUAAAUUUAAUGCUGGUAGCCAUGUGGAAAAUGAAAAAAGUGCUGGUGUUGUAGUUCUUGAGGCAACCCUAGCCACUGAAGUAAACAAUCCAACAGUUUGUGGAGUCGGUGUUUUUGGAGGUGAAAUUUUUUUUGAGUCAUCUUUCAAUGGAACACCUACAUCCAGGAAAAUUUCUCACAGCGUGCAAGGCAGAGGCAAUCAUCGUAAGGGAAGGCUCUAUACUCAAGAUGCUGGUUGGCGGAAGAAAUCCGAGGUCAUAGAUUCUUCAACUUCAUCAGGUACACAGUUGGAAACAUCUAACAUUCUUGUUGGCGAGCAUCAAAUAUUUAUUGAUGCCUAUGAAAGGUCUGGGUCCUAUAACCAAGUAAGGCGCAAAGGACAACCUAUGCAAAGCUUAUCCCAUUCGACCGAUAGCUGUGAACAGCGUGCUAAAACAAAAGAGCCAUCCAAGCAACAGACUAAGCAACUGCAGGUAGAAGAGGAGGAGUGGAAUAAAAAGCACAGUGCUAAAUCUCUAGCAAAGUUAGAGGAGGUAAACAAGCCCACAGAAGCAGUUGAAGGGUCAAUGCAUAAAGCAUAUGCUGCGAGUUCCCCCCUACAGAAUAAGCAAGAAGAACUUCAACCUUCUGAAUCAGCAACAGUAUGGGGAAAAUCUGGAGCAGCCAAUUCUUCUGUAAUUCCUAAUGGCAAUGGUGCGUGUCAGAAUGUUAUGAAUCAUAAUCAGUCGGUGACCUUGUACCAGAAUGUUAAUUGUGCUGAUGCCACCGAUGCCUUACAGGCUCAAAACAGUGUUGCCUCUAAGCAGAGAAGAACCGGGUAUAAACAAAAGCAUAAUCUUUCUCUAAGUAAGACUUUGAAUGUUUCAGCAGCCCCGAAAGUUGAGAAUGACACAAAAGUUGAGAAUGACACAAUGACUUGUGUUAAUGUAUCUUCUGGCGUUUCUACGAAUGAUGUAAGUUCAGCCUUUGUCUCAGGCUUACCCAUGAAUUCAAUUUCUAUGGUUGUGUCAUCAGUAAACCAGAAAAAGAAGAAUAACAGGAAUAAGAAAAACAAACAGAAAGUUGAAGAGAUAUCCUUGGCUGCAUUACCAACUGCAAUAUCGAAGGAAGCCGGAAUUUCUAGAAGCUCUGUUGAAAAUAAACUCAAGGAAGACAUCAAAUUAGAUCAGAGAUCACUUCAGUCAUCAUCCUUGUCUAAAGAUCCAAACCAGUAUUCAGAGCAAAAAUAUUCAGAAAAUGAAGAAUCAUAUGGUAGAAUGAAUAACCGGUUGAAAUCACAACAUUCUCGUAGGAUGCCGAGAAACAUGCAGGCUAAUAGACAAGCAGAGAAAUCCCACAGGAUUGAUGCUUUGAUGUGGGCACCUGUUAAACCACCGAACAAGAUAGAGAUCUUGGACGAAUCAAGUGAGAAAACUAAAAUGGAGGCAUUUGUUCCUGCAGAGAGUAAUCAGCAGGUGCAUAAUUUGAAAAAUAAGAGGGCUGAACUGGAGAUAUAUAUUCCAAAACCUGUUGCAAAAGAAAUGGCUCAACAUGGAAGUUCCCAACAAAUGUUGUCCUCAUUAAGUCAGGUUCCUACAGAUGAAUGUGUUGAAAGAGUUGAUUCUGGUUCUCAAGCCCCCCAGUUAACUCGGCAUACUAUUCUAGGUGUUGGAAUAGUGGGUUCUGUCAAGGAGUCUAAAAAUGGAGAUAACAAGCAGACUAGGGCUUGGAAGGGAAAAGCACAUGGAUCAUGGCGGCAAAGGAAUUCAACAGAAUCAAAUGAUGUGCAUGAAAGUAUUCAGAUACCGAUGGAGUGUCUAAAAGUGCAGAUAUCUGAAACAAGAGGGCAAUCGAAGCAUGCUAAUGACACUAUUAAAGCGGAUGGCUUAAACGAUGCAGAGAAUCACGAUUCAGCUGUUCCAGUUUCUGAUCCUAUUAUUAAAGAUCAUAAAGCAAUGGUCAGGGAAAGACGGGUUCCUUUUCGACGACAGAAGGGCACAGGGGUGAACCACAAUGCUGGGGAGCACAAUCAACCAGAUAUCAAUGCGGUUUUGAAGGAAAAUCAAAGUGUUGGGGAAUGUGUUUCGUCCCACUGGCAACCCAAAUUUCAGGCAUCACAUAAUCCGACAGGAAAUAGACCCAACAAAAAGGAGUUUACUCAUGUUAGUGUAUCGUUUCCAGAUGAUUUAGACAAAGGGUCUAGCUCUCUUGUGGCGCAACCUCCCAGCCAAUCAGUCUCUGAAAAGAGAACGGGUAGAGAAGCUCCAAAAUUCUGGAAUCCGGUAGCUGCAAGAGGGAGUAGAAAUGCUCCACCAGACGGCCGUCCCCUCACCCCAAAUCAGGUUGCUGUUAUCUCGAGUGAGCAGGAUCCAACAAGUAUGGAUCCUAGACAUCAGCAUCACCCAUCACCUGGGGUUCGCAGAAAUGGAAACCAAAGUAGUUUUGGAAAGGGACGUGAAUCUCAGCGAGAUUGGAAAAUACAUGCACAAGAUUACAGAUAUCAUAACCGGGAAAGACAGUGUCCUCCAAACUUUCAUUCUGAAUACCGUUCUGUUGGGCCGCAUGGUGACAGAAAAUCAGACAACUCUGAACGACCUAAAGAUGGUAACUAUGGUGCCGGGGGAAGAUUUAGGGAGAGGGGUCAAACUUACUCGAGACGAGGUGGCGGAACCUUCUCUGGGCACUAGCUAGAUUGGUGGUUUCAAUUAGAAGCUGUUAAUGAUUAGUGGUUAUACUCCAACGUGGUUUAUAUGCUCCACCAGAAGCCGUAUUUAUUAGUGCUUUGUUCAGCUUGUUCAUUUCAUCCUUUUAGUUUUGAAUCGUACAGUUAUUAUGUUAUGAUGAUGCCUCCUCUAUUAGAGGCUGGGGAGAGAAAAAGGUUUUGAUGGCUCUCCCGUGGUUUAUUAGUUUCUGAUUGAAAAUAGUAAUUUGUUAGUUGAUAUUAUUAUUAUUAUUAUUAUUAUUAUUAUUAUUAUUAUUAUU